UCCACCCGUCUCAGACGCCCACACCUGAAGCACGAGGCGCACGUUCUCCAGCUUUUGAGAGGGCAUCCGGCCAUUCCGCACGCGGUCGCCUACGGCCACUUGGAGCACUUUGAAUAUCUGGCUCUAGAGCUCCUGGGCCCGUCUCUGAACGAUGCGGUGCCACAGCAGGGGAUGGAAGUGAAAAUGGUGGCUCGGAUCGCACUACAACUCCUUUCUGCCCUCGAGUUCGUUCAUUCGCGCGGGCUUGUACACAGAGACAUCAAACCGUCGAACGUCCUUCUCACACUCGACCAACCGCCGAUACUGCGCCUCGUCGACUUUGGCAUCGCGCGACCCUUUCGCACUGGAAUUCCCGCUCGACGCGAGCCCACGUUGGAGAGGCUGAAUAUCGCUGGGACACUUGACUGGGCUAGCCUCAACGCCCAUCUCGGCUAUGACAGCUCGCCGCGCGAUGACCUCGAAUCGCUCGCAUAUACUCUACUGUUUUUACUCCGCGGAGGCCUUCCAUGGCAGCGGUACAAUUCUCGUGGCUGCACGCGUUUUGGGGCAAUGAAGCAGAUAAGGGAGAAGAAGAUGAAAUGGCCGGGCCCGCGGUUGGGCGAGGGAAAGCCAAGGGACUUUGGGGACUUACUGGAUUACGCGAGGGCGCUGGCGUUCGAGGACAAGCCAGAUUACGAGAGACUGAGCAGAGGCUUUGAACGGCUCGCC